AUGCAGAACAACUCGGUGAGCGACUGGGAUGCUGGACUGGUCGCUCGUGGCCUCAUGGGGUUGGGCUGCUGCUGCGGGCGGCGCCGCGCCGAGCGACUUCACUUGGCAUUGCUGUCGGCGGUGAGCGCUGCAGCUGGAAUUGCGGUGGUCGCGAGGGCUACAGCUGAGGAUUGGGGCAGGCGGCGCCGCGGCGGGUGUCCUCCGCGGCGCUGUCAUGGUGGGUGGGUCAAUUCGUCUCCAGUUCCGUUGAAUCCGCAGCGGUGUCAGCGGUGCUGGGCAGUGCGGCGUCUUGUAUUGCCGGGCUUCCAGGCAGCACGGUGUCUGGUCGUUCGUCGAGCAGCAUGGCGGGUGGCCGCUGCGGGCGGCGCUGCAUGUUCAAUCGACAUUCUUGAGCGGCAGGUGAACUAUGCCCAUGGACAUCACUACGUCAGGUACGUGGCUCGUUUGCUCUUCCUUGUCACAUCCCGUCAGCACCUGCCUCAGCUCCACCCCGUCGGAUCUGACCUCGCCGAGAAUCCGGCAGCCGGAUCUGUUGCCGGAGUUCCCCGGCGCCUCGCACCAGCAGACCUCCACCAUCCUCCCGAAAUCGGGCGCCGCCUCCACCAACCUGCCACCGCCACACAGUCCCCCUACCCGGCGUAUAUCAGCAACGUCGGGCCUCUUUUUCCCCUUAUUCUAAAGGUUGCAUUGAAUUUCUUUGUAACUAUUAUCCACGUUUCCUAAUGCUUGGUUCAUGUUGAUGAUCUAGAUUCAUGGUUCCUAUGCCCAGUUCUUAAACCAGAUCCGUAAUUUUUUGUGUUCGUAUUGAGCUCAAGCCAGGUUAUUUUACUGACUUUCCAAUUCGUACUUCCUGUGCUGCUGUACAAGCUUAUCAAAUUCAUUUCUUACAGGAUUAGAGUCUUAUCAAUUAAUACAAAUUUGAUUUGAGCUGUAAAUGUUUUCAGUUCCGUGAUAGUUAUUGAUUGUGUGGGCAAGUACUGUUAUUUACAAUAGAAACUCCACGUUUAAUAUUCUUAGAAGUUAGAAUGCUCGGGGACUUUCCAACAGUAAAACAACUUCAGUAAUUAUUAAAACAGUGAAAAAACGUAGUCGCUCCGCGUCGCCCCCGCGGCGACAGGGGCGACCCCGCCUCCUCCCCGCCUCAGCCCUCCUCCCCUGCCCCUCCCCGCUGCCGCUGCCGGCGUGAGCCGCCGGGCAAAGCCCGCGCGGUGCCGGCGGCGGUGGCUCUUCUCGGCGCGAGCUG